UGGCCAACACUGGAAGUACUGUAAUGCUUUGCACUUGUACUUGUGGAUGUGCUAAUUCUAAUUACUCUUUUAUGUUUACUAAAUUUUUGAGAGUGUUGAAUCAAAAUUUUGACUGUAAUUUAUCGUAGUUGGUUCAAUCGUGAAGUCAGUGUAUCAUCAUGUCGAACUUCUCUGUCGUUUUCAUGCGGGAUUGAUCCUUAGAAGAAUCAGGUGGUGUGAUUUAUCUCGUCCAUGGAUGGCUAUUUUGGGCACGUACAAACUGUACAAACAAUAGGCUCUUCCACUUUAUUAUUUUAUGGUUUUACAAAUGGAUAUGAACUAACUACAGCCUCCGUUGCGUCUUUGGUCAUCUUUGGUACGUUUCCUCUCGCGGCACCCAUAAAUUGAAUCCUCUCUGAAUUCCUUUGAGACUUCCACCUCUUGGCUGUUUGUAGAUAUGUACUGAGACAGAAUGUGAUAGUACCGAGCCUCCAAACUUUUUCAAACUCUGCACACCUCUGUUAUGAGCCAUCGUUGUCCUGUCCAGUGGUCGUUUCCCUAUUUAUAAACUCUUUCAUGUCAACUUUUAGUAUGCAUUUAGGGCCCUUAGACUUGCAAGGAAGUUAAAACACUGAGGAAUGUCCAAUUUAUCACCGCUGAACUUGUAUCAGGUGUACCGUUUGUAGCGUAAAGAAUCCUUCUUUGAUGAGGGAUGAGACUCCCAAAUUGAGUUUCAGGUGGACCAGGUAAAGGUGAAAUCCUCUCUGUCUUCAGUGCAAUAUUAAACAUUUUCCAUCACAUUCUGAUAUUAUAUUACGCAGGCCCUUAAAUGUUCCCUCUUAGAAGAAAGGAAAAGGUGUUUGCUAAUUCCAACUUGUUUCAACAGUGAUGCAGCAGCUUUCAACGGGUCAGUUCAAGUUGACUGUUCGGACGGUGCUAUUCUCUGAGUAAAGGCUCUGAAUAUUCUGUGACUAUUAUGUUAUGAUAUUAACCAUUGGUCUGAACUGUGCCCAAUGGAUCCAGGAGGACCUGGAGGUCGCCGAAGAGGCCCAACUAAACAUUCUGUGGAAGAUCAAGCUUUGGAUCAGAUUGCUAAAGAGGCAGAGGCGCGACUGGCCGCCCGGCGUCAAGCUCGAGCGGAGGCCCGAGAGAUCAGGAUGCGGGAACUAGAGCGGCAGCAGCGGGAGGCCGAGGAAAACGCCGAUAAGGUCUACGAUCUCUACGCCACCACAGAUGUAAUAAACCGAUCAACUCGUGUUGGAUCCUGUAUCGCAUCUCCUAGGGCAGCAUCAGUUCUUUCAACCGGUGGGAACAAUAGCUAUCAUUCUAGUAGGCGAUCUUCUGAAGAUUCGUUGGAAGAUAGCAUGGGCGUCAGAGAUCUUAGGCAGGAAUUCAGAGAAGUUGAAGAUCGAUUCCGGAAAGCAAUGAUUCAAAAUGCUCAAUUAGAUAAUGAAAAAUCAGCAGCCUCUUAUCAAGUAGAUUUACUUAAAGAUAAAUUUGAAGAACUAGAGGAGUCACAUGCCCAAUUACAGCGAGAGCAUAGAGAUAAGUGUAGAGAACAUGAACAGUUAAAAAGACUUUUUUCCAAAGUGCAAGGAGAACUGGAGUUUUUCCGGUUGCAACUGGAAGAAAGAGAUAGUCUAAUUAAGGAGCAAGGCCUCACUAUAGUCGGGGGAGAAUAUUCAUCUGAAGAUGAAAAAAGUGACGAAGGACUCAGAGAGGUAAACGGCCUAGAAAAUGGCUCAACAGACUCUUGUAAUCCUGUCAAUAAUCAUGAUGAAAGGAAAAGAACAAAAAAAUCAACAAAACGGGCAUUGGUGUCAAUCAAAGCUGCAGAGCUUUUGAAUUCAGCUGGAGAAGGAUCAUUAGAUGUCCGGUUGCGGAAACUUGCCGCAGAAAAAGACGAACUACUAGAUGAAUUAAGGCAUGUCAAAUUAGAAUUGGAAGAAGAACGAGGAAGAUUGAGGGGCUUCAAAAGCAUGAAUGGAACUGAUGGAGGCUUAGACUUUGAGGAUGCUCAACGAGAGGCCAACAAAUUACUUGGGGAGUAUAAAUUUAAAUGGCAAAAAGCUGAGCAAGAUGUCUCCACUCUUCAAGCAAAUGUUGCUCGGUUAGAAAGUCAAGUAAUUCGAUACAAAUCGGCUGCGGAAACAUCAGAAAAAGUUGAAGAUGAAUUGAAAAUAGAAAAACGAAAGUUACAAAGAGAGUUAAGAGAGGCUCAGAGUAGGGUAGAAGAAUUAGAAACAUCUAAUAUGCAUUUACACCGAAGACUAGAUAAGCUUAAAAGUGCCAAAUCAACUUUAUUGAAAGAGCUGUAGUGCAAUCUAACGGAAGUAAUGGAAGUCUGAUGUGCGACUCAUAGGUGGAAGCAAGAAUCAUAGUCACAUUACUAUUCCUGCUUAACUGCCGGAGCGAAAGUUUUUGCGUCUACCUACAUAUUUUUGUCUGCAUUUUAGCCAAUUUUCUUCUUGUAACCUAUUCUAACCCAUUGAAACAUUUUUCACCAUUUCUAAUCUUGCCAAAAAAAUUAAUCUCCUCUCUUCAAUUAAAUUAUUUUAUUUGUAAUUAUGCCCAUUGUAGCACAGGCUUCAAAUUGCUCCAAGUAAGUUUUUUUUUAACGAAUUUUACCCCUGUUUUUGCAAAAAACAUAUACAUUUGCAUCUAUCAGUUACCUUAUUUAAUAAAAAUCUUGUUGGUACAAAAAUUUAAAUUGUUCAUGA